AAUUAAUUUUUCUUUUUUUUUUAAAGUAAAAAUAAGAUUUAUCAAAGAUUAGUAAAGUAUCGUCUCUCGUCUUUUUCUUUUGUCGUCUCUACAACUCAUAAAUUAUAAGAUUCACAAAGUUUAAUAUUCACGUCAAUAAAUAUUUACGUUUCUGAAAUUUGUAUUUCAAAAUAUAAAUUUUACCUGAUGUGUAUAUAAUUUUUUUAAAGGUGAUGAAGAUUUAGAGUGAUAAGAUCUGUGAAUAAAGUUUAAAUUUGCUUUUCAUAUUGAUUUUAGAUUUUAAUUGUUAUCUUUGUUUUUUCUACACAUUAUCGCUGUUUAAACAUUUUAUUUGAUAUGAUAUAUUUUUCUAAUAUGCAUAUUAUUUAUAAAAUAUCAUUAAAUUUAGUUUAAUCUAAGUAAACCCGAUCAAAUCCGGUUGAACCCCAAUGAUCUAUGAUCCAAAAAAAUUCUGGUUCGCUAGCCGGUCCGGUUUUAAAAACACUGCAAUUUUGUUAAAAAAAAAGGGUAUAAUUAACAACAACAAAGGUAAGUAUUUGCAUGAUAUAUUGUAAUUUGAUGUUCUACUGCUUUAUCAUCUGGCACAAUCGUGGAUAAAAGUUUGAGUAAAGGUUUUGCCAAUAACUGGAUUAUUUUUUUGGGGUUUAUUGACUAUGAAAGCAUAUGUUACGAUAUUACAGUAGUGUUAGUUUAUGAGUGGUUCUAUUAUAGAAUGUAGGAGUGUCAACGAUAUACUACAAAAUUAGAGUCAAGAUUCUUUGUCUUAUUUGGGGGACAACACAGAAAGCAAACUAAUCGCUAUCGUCUAAACAAGUUACGCGUAUUCUCAUGUCGGUCGUCGAGUUUUUAAGGUAAUAUUAAUAACUUUACUAAAACAAAUGUUGAAGUGGAAACAAAAUAACGGGGGUCUAUUUUACUUAAGGUUUAUUCUACCGACGUGCUAGUUCUAGGAAAAAAAACAAAACCAGUUGAAUCACGUCAUUUACUUUGUCAAAUCACGUCACUUACUUUGUCAACAUAUUUGUUCUGUAUAAAGAAAUGUAUACAUAUCAAUAGUAUUUAUUUUGAGAAAUACAUAUCAAUAGUUUUAUAAGUGUUUUACCACAAUUUAUAAAUAGCCAGUGAUUUCCAAUACACAAAAUAGAAUAUUAAUAAACAAAUAUUUUUUAUUUACCAAUACAAAAUUUGCUUAAAGUUUUUUCCCUAUUAUUCAUUUAUCGGUUAAAAUAUCUUAAAUUAAUCAUCACAAUUUGACAUUUUAUUUUGGGCUUUUUUCAAAUAUAACCUAAAAUUUCAAGUCAAACACAAAAAUAACCCAUUUUUUUUUUUUGAAACUUUCAUUUUUCCUAUUCACACUAUAAGUUCGAGUUAUUCACGAAAAUACUUUUUUUUUCUUUUUUUCGAAAAUGAGUAUUUUACCUUAUCAUCCUCAUCUUCACCAAAUAUUUACAUUAUUGUCAUUGUCAUCAAUACAUUAACCACCAUGAACAACCAAUUUGAAGCUCUUAAUGCACUAAAGUUUUGAUUUAUACUCUUCAUAUCUCAUUAAUUAUGCACACAAAUCACGUCUCCUUCACUCUCUCUUCAAUUUCAUCCAAAAACUAAGAUUUUGAUUUCAAGCUUUGUAAGGUUUAUAGAGACAUUGAAGCUCAUGAUUUGUGGUCAUUAACGACUUGGUAGCUAUUGUAGUGAAUUUAUGGGUACUUGCAGAAGCUAAGCAAGUCAUCUCAGAGGUUCAAUGUAUGAAAUUGUUUUUUUUUCUCAGAUCUGUUCGCGAAGACUUUUAGAAGACUUCGGGAAGUCUUUCAAAAGACUUCGCUAGAUGUGUUAUCUAUCAAGAAGACUUCUCAAAAAGUCUUCUAACUUUUCUUUAUUAAGAAAAAAACACUGAAAAAUUCAAGAGAAGACUUUUCGAGAAGUUUUUUCGGAUAAACAUGUUAGUUUUGCAAUUGACCGAAGUUUGUCAGAAAUUUGACUUUUUAUAUAAGACUUUUCGGGAAGUCUUCUCAGGGAAAACUUCUAUAUAAGUCAUCUGAAAGUUUUCCCGAAGUCUUCUCACUGUCACAAGAAGUCUGCUUGGGUUAUUUUUGCAAUUGAAAAAUAAUAUUAAAAUAUUUAAUAUUAAUGAGAAGUCUUAUCAAAUUUUAUUUUGGGUUUUGGUCAAACCUUUGGUUACGACUCUAGAAGUCUUCUCUGGAAAAAUCAAAUAUAGGCAAUUCCAAAAGUAUCCCAAGUAGAGUUCUUGCAACAUAUUGAGAAGACUUUCAGAAGUCUUCUAUAAAAAGUCAAAUUUCUGACAAACUUCAGUCAGUUGCAAAACUAACAUAUUUAUCCGUGAAGACUUCUCGAGAAGUCUUCUCUGGCAUUUUCGAGAAUUUUUCAAAUUCAAAAGUAAGCCAAUAUUUACAAAGAAAUACUUCUCAAGAUGUCUUCUGUAGAGUAGACUUCCUAAGAAGUCUUCUUUCGUAAUUUUACUAGUCUUUUGGGUUACUUUUGCAUUUGAUUGAAUUUGGGGUACAAUUUUGUAUUCAAAAUCAAGUUUUGAGUCAUUUUUUACAAUGUUCCCUUUUAUUUUUUCGUUUGAUAUAUUUUAAAAUACAACAUUCUAAUAAAACUAAGUUUAUUUAAUUUAUUUUGAUUAAAUAUAAAAAACUAAUAAAAUUUUAGAUGUAUUUAUUAACUUAACAAAAUAGCAGCAUAUAGCUUAACAAAAUUAAUAUAUAUAUAUCAAUUACUAUAUUUAAGUAUUUUAAAUAUUUAAAUAUAUGUAAAAGUAUAACAUUCUCAUAAACUUAAGUUUAGUUGAUUAAUUUUUGUUAAGAUACAUCAAACCAAUAAAAAAUAAUUAAUUUUUUUGCUUAACAAAACGUUCAUCAUUCUCUUAACCAAAAUUAAUAUAUUUUACACCAACAAUUAUUAAACAUUUAAAUAUUUAUAAAAUUUUAACUUUUGAUCAAUAUUAGCUACCAUAGCACUAGUAGAAGCAUAUUCAAGCUUAGAGUACCAUCUUCUCUUAGCUCUCGUGCUUCUCCACCUAGCUCUCGGAUCUAAGUUCUUGAAUCUUUUAAUAAGUUUCUUAUUUCGUGAAACAAAUAAAUUUUUUAACUAACUAGUCGUAGCCUAAUAAUAAAAGUUAAUUAUAUGUCUUUUGUUUGAUUCCUGCUGAAAUAAAACUGCUAUUCAAAUGAAUAGUCUGGAUUUGAAUUUUGGUAUAUACAUUUUGGCAUAUACAAUUUACAUAGUAGUAUUAUAAUAAACAAUAUGGUUAUUUUUCGCAUUAUUCAGAAGACAUUUCAAAUUCAGAUUAGAAAAUUUGAUACCUAAUUUAACCUUUAGCACUAAAUGAAUUUUUGCUGAAAUCGAUAGAAUUAGCCGAUAGAACGUAUAAAGAAUAGAUAGUUUCUUAUCUAAUCUAUUAAAAUAGAGUUCUAUUUAAAAAUACUCUGGCAUGUUUUAUAUUUGGUCCUAUUGAACAUGUUGUGAUUUAAUUUAAAAACAUGCUUACAAUAUUCUAUAUGUUGACCGAUUAAAUUAAAUUAAACCAAUUGGUUCAGAAUACCUAAAUUAAACCUAUUAAAUUAAAUAACAUUCUACAAAAAGUUUGUCGUCGUCAAGCUUUGAAGAACAGUGAAAAAACGAGCAACCAUCAGGUGGAUAUUGAUGAUUCGAGUAACGUUGUUACCUAAUUGAUGAUUCCUCCGUCAAACCUUUCACAUGAUUCAGGUUAUUAUCGAUCUAAAUUGGAAUUAUUAUUUAACUUGGAUCAAGUUGCUUACGUUGUCGAGUAAUGGGUCAUUAUAAAGUUUUAGUUUUUGGUCAAGUUUAUAUCCGUUAUAUUUGUGGCCAGACUCAGUUUUGUUGCAACGUUAUGAGUGUUAAAGAUGCCAUUCUGAAUUGUAGUUGAACAUUCAAUAGUUACAAAGUUAAAGACUUCACAUUUUUCUGGUGAAUGUUUAUUUUUGCAGGAAAUCAAGUUUUUUUUAUGGUAUAUUGUUACAUGAAAGUGUGAGUAUGCUAUUAUGAUUUAUUACUCUGUUUUCAUACUCCCAUAAUAUAUGUGCUAAUAUGUAUGUUUGUGUUUUCAUUCUUGAUAUUUGUUUUAUGGAGAAGCCAAUAGAGCUGCAAGAAAGUAUACAAUAUUGUUCCAACCUACUUGUGCUGCUUUGCUUAACAACUCGCCCUCAAGGACAACUAAACAAAAGUGUACUCUUUUCUUGCUCAAGCCUCCGCUUUAAGAUUGAAAGAGGUUCAUGAAAACAAAGGAAACUAAUGAGAUUCAGCAUUGGUCUGUUUUUGAGCAGUAAUACAGGUGGAUGUAAUUACUAUGCGAAGGAGACUGACGAGCAUAGACAGCCACUGAAAUUAUGAGACAGGUGUGAGGUGUUUUGGUCAUUACGUGAAUUUCCAAAAGAAACGAAAAGGUUCAGGUUGGGUAGUGUAACUGUGUUGAUCGGUCUUUGCUAUCUCUCUAACGCGGAGGCUUAGAGGAAAUGCGUGAAAGGGAGCAUUAUUGCUGUAUAUAUCUUAUAUUUAUAUGUACAUUCCCUUAUUAUUAAUAUUAUAUAUGUAUGUGAUCAAGCUGGUAGAGCCAUUUAAUUGUUUGAAUAGAGAGAAAGAGUGGUUAUUCAUGAGUAGAUAUAUAGAAAAGAAACAACAUUUAUGUUCACAAGCUAAAUAGGAUACUUAAAUCAUUGAUAAGAAUGUUGUAUGUAUUAGGGAAGAAACUGAUUCAACAAAGUAAUUUUAAAACUCAGUCGAAUAUAUGUAUACAUACUCUUUUUUGAUCAAAUAUGUAUACAUAGUCUGAUGUCCCUAAAACCUCACACAUACAAAAAGAAGUUAGCAACCUACGGGAUAUAAGGUCAGAGGUUUGACCUAGCUCUUAUGGAAGGUUGCGAGGUACACAAACAAGGAACAAGAAAAUGAAAAAAAGUGUUGGAGAUGGUUGAUGCAUUUGAAAAGAUUAGGGAACUGUAACACUACAUGAACUGCUUAUAAUAUAAAGAAAAUAUAAAUAAUUAUAAUUGUAUUCAAAAUGCUCAACUGCAGGUUACAUACCUAAUCCUUAUAUAGACUAAAAAUAUUUAUUAUUUCAGAAUGAUAUUAGUAUAUUCUGACUUGGUAUAUAACUUUAGAUAUACCGACAUAUUUAAAUAUGAAAACAUUCGAUAACACAAAAUAAAAACCAGAAAAUGUAAUAAAAAUAUAGCUGUCUAAAUCAGAAUCAAGAUCGAAAAUUUCAUAUCCCUAUUUAAACCCCCGUGGUCGAAGAACUCAAGAUUUUAUCGUGUUUUAACAUUAUUAUUUGAAACAAACCAAAACCAAAAUAACAAAACUCAAAUCAAACUGAAAUUAAUAAAUAACCCAGCUAUUACUAUAUUUCUUGAACCAAAAACCAAAUACCAAAACCCAUAACCGAACCGAAACCAAACCUAAAGUUAGAAAAUACAAUUUCGACACGAGCCAAAUUUUAUAAAAUAUCAUCAAACCAUAAAAUUGUAAUUUAAAAACUAUAAAUAUAAAUAAUCCGCGCAACCGCGCGGAUUAGAAUCUAGUGUGUCUUAAAGCCAAGAUUUCAAGCUAGAUUGUCGGAGUCAGUGCACUUAUGAGAACUAUAUUGCAGAAUUUUUUUUUAUUUUUUUUAACAUUAUUUCAUUUCACAAACCAAAAAGGAGGAUCUGAACAAACAGCGAUUCCGAUUCUCCGAAGAAACAGCGGCUCUAGGUUACAAGAGAUGGGAGCUAAAACAAACUAAUGGAUAAGCUUUUCAUCUAAAGGACGAUUCACAAAAUCAUGUAGUAGAUACAAGCAGAUAUGUAUGUGUUUUUUUCUUAUCAAAAAACUCAGUGUAUGUAUAUGUAUAUAUAUGAAAAGAAUUUACAAUGUAUUACCCAAAAGAGUUACAAUGAAAAAUCAUUUAUUGGAAUCUGUCAUUACUAGUUUCCCAAAAUUUUGCAUGGAAAUGUAAUAAUCCUCGGUGCAAAGUUGUUGGCAAAGUAAUUAAAAUCCACGUAGGAAACUAACACCUUUGUCUGAUUUCACAUGUCUGUCUUUUUGUUAAUUUUUCAGACUAGUUAUGUCUUUCUAUUAGUAUUACUUGUAUGAUUUGUGUAGAUUAUUCGAGUUUGUUUAAUAUCUAAUAACUUUGAAAGAAUCUUCAAGAGCAUAAUCCAUAUAAGCACUUUCUUACUUAUAUUCACAACAUGAUUCCAGUGUUUUUUCUACUGUAGCAUCAUCAUGUGCUUGCUACAAAAGUGGCGAGGAUCAUGUUUCACGAACUAUGCAUUUAGAAUGCAGAAUCAAACACAGAUAACAAACUUAUGACUCUAUGAGAAGCAAGUCUCAUUGUAUCACAUUAUCUUCAAAUGGAUCAAUUUGGUGCAAAUAUUCUUUCGGAAACCAAACGUUAAAAAGCCCAAUGCAUCUAACUGAUUUCGAUAAGUUUCGCAUUGAUUUUGUAGAGUCACAAAGUGACUUCAUUUAUUAAAGGAUACCGCUAACUUGCGCCCACACGCGUGGAUAUACGAUGUAGUUUGGUAGGCCGAACUCGUUGCUGUAAAGGGAUUUAUAUCACAAAUCUCCUCCUUUUUCUCGAGUUAUUACAGAGAAAGAGUAACAUAGAAAACGAAGAAACUUUCCAAAAAUAUCGAACCAAAAACAGAGCAUUUUUUUUGGUGACAAUGUCGGCAUCUAGCUCAAGCUUCUCGUCUUUAGUCAUUAUCUUCAUCCUCGUUUUACUAUGUCCAUCGCUUUCAUCGUCUUCUGAACUUAAAGUUCGUGUUUUGGACCGCGAGCCGUUGGAGAUCCGGACAAAUCCGAAGCUGAACAAGACUAUUAGAAAGCCCAAGUGCUGCGAGAUGCGGACCAGAUCUCAGUGUUCGGGUUUCCCUAGAUGCAGGUGGUGUCGUAGUGAAGCUCUCGACGACUUGUGCUUCAGUAAAGCCGAAGCCUUGCGACUUCCAAGUCAAGUCUUCCGCUGUGAGUUAUAAGAUUUAACAGAUUUGAUCUAAGUAGGUUGUAGUUCUUGCGGAGCUUUGGUGGAAGAAUAUAGAGAGAUAGAGUUUUUUUCUUUCCAAAUCUUGAAUUUUAUUGAAUAGCUCGUCUCAUUUUAUAACGUUUUAUGUUGUUGUUGUAAUUGAACUGAGUAUCACAAAUUUUGGAUUGUACUGGAUCUUGAAUUCUUGAUCCUUAUAUUUAUUGGAAGAUGUUACCGAUAUGGUCAAAAGUGUAGGUGUGGAUUGUGGAAGAAGUUAGUACUUUACUUUCUCUCAUCUUUCUAUUAAUAGGAAACUCAGGGAUUGAUUGUUUCCAAAACUAAAGCAAUGUUGGUGUUUUCAUUUAUAACAUAGUGUUUAGAAUGUAAACGAAAACAAAACCACAAAAAAAAACAGUUAAGGCCUUCGGCGAAAGUAUUCAAAUGGUUAACUAAUUGGUAACUUAGGUAUUUUGUCUUUUCUUUCCCUGUAAGGCUGUAAUGUGUUUGUCUUAGCAAAGGAUAUAUGGUUUGGAAUUGUUCUUUCGCGUCACUGCUAGUUUUUGGAUUUUGGAGCAGAGCUAAAACCUUGUAAAGGCUGAAGAAAUGCUUGAACACAAAAACAGAAACCAUAACACGUCUUCUUCUGAAGUUUCUUUUUGCAUAUCAUAAGGCAUUUGAGAAAUUAUACACUAAAACUAAACCUUUUUCUAUUCCACAAAUGUCUACUUGUACAAGAGUGUUUUUUUUUUUUUUUGGUAUUUUGUUUUCACUUUCAGUAAAGGCUCCCUUCUUGUCUAGCUUGUCCAAAACCUGUGAAGCAUAGUCCUCCAGACCAGCUGUGAAAACUGCUACAUUGUAGGUUUCCCCUAGUCUUUCCAAGAACUCAGUCACCCCCGGGACGUUUUACCACAAAGAUUGGCAUAAUCUCACUUUCCAUUUUUACCAUCACCAUGAAAUCGUAUUUAACUCCAGGCAUUUGUGUCGUGGAAUGAACCAAGGUUUCAUCAAGAUCGAGGAUGAUUGUCCUUUUCGUGUUGGUAUAUUUUGUUAGUUUUGUAUAGCCAUCAUGUCUUGUGGCUGGAUAGCUGGUGGUGGUGGUGGCCGUAAAGCACCUGGAUACACAACGCAGAAGGCGACAAUGGAACGUCAAGAUGGACAUGAAUGGGUCAUUUUUCUUUUGGUGUUUGUGGCUUUCUGGUUUGUUUUCGAUGAUCCUUUCAGUUGCCAUUGAUUUCUCCCGGCUGCUUGAUUACACAACGAGGAAAACAAGUAUUGUUGAACAAAACAAGCUUGCAGCUCUUCAGAUGGAAAGCUUGGUAGUGGGUAAGAUGUUUUUGAGUUUAUCCUCCGCUACUUUUUAUACCAUAAUCUAGAAUUGAAGUGGUACCUUUGGUUUAGUUUAGUUUGUUUAUGGGAAGU